ACCUCCAGUUGCAGAAAGUGGGGGAACAAAAGAUAGAAGAGUGGGUAUGCUGAAGAUGGGAGGAAUUUGGGGGUACCAGAGGCUUCACACGAGAGUUUCUUCCCUUUCGAAGUACAUCUUGGUCCAUCAACUGGUGCGAUGGGAAACGGGACCUGGAGCGAACGACCCAAUGAGCGAUGAGCAUCCGCGGAGUGAAUAUGGCUGCCGUGGAGAUGUGUAUCGCAGAAAGUUUUCCACUCAACGCAUCUGCUCAUGUAUCAAAGUGAUACUGACAUUCUUUCUGCUGAACUUCUUCCUGACUGUGAUUCUUCUUGGAACGAAGGCUCUGGAGUCCACAGGGAAUGGCCCUGAUAGAACUCUUGAAAAUAUCUCCCAAAAGUUGUCAGAACAAACCCCUACCAAUCACUGUUUCAAUGGUUUGUGGAAGAAUGACACUUGUAUUUGCUCCUAUGGCUGGACAGGAGUGACAUGCAAUCACUGUGUGGGAAGAGUCCGUAUGGCGAGUGCAGAAGGCCAAAUCACUGAUGGAAUUGGAAACUAUUCCCUGGACCGACGUUGCAGUUGGCUAGUUGAUGCUGGGGAGCCAGGAAAUUCUAUUCUCCUAAGGCUGGAGCAUUUUGCUACAGAAUGUAGCUGGGAUCAUCUCUAUAUCUAUGAUGGAGAUGGAGUAGAAGCUCCUGUUCUAGGAAUCUACAGAUCAUCAGAGGGAUGGGAUUUGGAUAUGUUGUAUCAUUCCAGAAUGUACUAUAUGACUGCUGCUUAUUUCUUCCCUAGUGGGAUCCUGGUAGAGGGUGAUACUCCAAAGGACAGGAUUCCAGAGAUAUUGGCCACCUCUGGGCAUGCCUUCUUGUACUUCUAUAGUGAUGCUGCAUACAAUUUAACUGGCUUCAACAUCACUUAUAAGAUAAAUGGAUGUCCCAGAGGAAGCUCAGACCUUGAGUGUUUUGGGAGGGGUGUGUGCCUGAGAGGAGUAUGUACAUGUGAUGCUGGCUUCACUGGUCCUGCCUGUGAAAAUCCCAUUUGCUCUGAUGACUGUGGUGGAUCUGAACGUGGAAAUUGUGAUAAAGAAAACCAUAAGUGUGUUUGUAAACCUGACUACAAAGGGAAGGAUUGUAGUCAGUUGGCAAACAACAGUUUUUGGGAAGAAUUGGAAGUAUCUUCCUUUGUGCCUGAUGGAAGGGCAUCUCAUUCAUCAGUGGUGUUUAGAGAUGCUCUUUGGAUCAUUGGUGGGGAGGACUUAACUGAGAAAUCCCCUCAGUUCCUAGUGAGGUUUGACCUGACUGGUCGGGUAUGGGAAACUGUCCACACUGUCAGUGAGAAUUCUCCUCCAUGGCGAUAUGGCCACUCUUCAGUUCUUCAUGGAGACAAAAUCUAUAUGUAUGGGGGUGUUCUGCAAAAUGGAGAAAUUGUGGCAGACUUGUGGACAUUUGAUUUGACCUCCCACAAUUGGGAAUGGGUAAAUGUGGCCAAAGGAACAUGCUUGGAUGCCCUUUGUGGACCAUUACCUGCAACUGGCCAUUCGGGGACUGUUGUCACCCAUCAGGGGAAAAUGCUGAUCCUGUUUGGACAUUCAGCACUCCAUGGAUUUCUCAACACAGUGCAGGAAUAUGACUUUGGGACACGAGAGUGGAGCAUUUUGGAGACCAGAGAUGGAGGCAUUUUUGGAAGAUAUGGGCACUCAAGUUCAUAUGAUGAAGUAACAAGACUGGUUUAUGUUCAUGGUGGCCAUGUGUCAACAUCUUUUGAUUCCUUCAAGAUCAUGGAUAGUUUAUACUCUUACAACCCUGACACAAAGGAAUGGCGUAUCCUGCGAUCAAGUGGAUUCCCACGUUACCUCCAUUCUUCUGUCUUUCUGCAUGGACUGUUUCUGGUGUUUGGAGGGAAUACACAUAAUGACACUGCCACUAGCAAGGGGGCUAAGUGUUAUUCCCAUGACUUGAUGUCAUAUGACCCUGUCUGUGAUCAAUGGAAGUUCAUCAUUGCUCCUAUAGAAGUUUCUGCUCAUGGUGAUCGAUAUGGUCACUCAGCAUCUGUUUUUAAUGGCUCCAUGUUUGUGUUUGGUGGAUUUGAUAGCACCAUGUUGAAGAACAUCUUGUCAUUCACUCCUGGUGUGUGUGAACAGUUCACAUCCUAUCAGUUGUGCAUGAGAUCCUCUAUUGGCCGUGCUUGCACCUGGGAGAAUGGGUUGUGUCGUGACAGACGAGGUACAUCAUCUCACAGGGCUGGCUGUAUUCCUCAGGAGACCAACUCCUAUGAAGCUCAAUGCAAAGCCUUGGAAAGAUGUGAACAGUGUCAGAUGACUUCCAUUGAAUGUGUGUGGUGCUCUGUACCUGGUGGGCAUGGAUCAUGCCAUUAUAGCAAAUGCCCUGAUGAUGAAGGCUCCUUGCCUCUGACCUCAUGUCAUUCUGACUCCAAUUCCAGUUCUCAUGAAUACCUUGGUAGUAGGUGCUUUGCUCUUCAUAGUUGUCAAUUGUGUCACUCUCAGCUACAAUGUUCCUGGAGUACAGAUGAAGAUCGUCCAUGUGUGCCCAAACGGGGCCAUGCUGUUGGAAACUGUGGGAUUCCAUGCAGUUUGCAAAGCUCCUGUGAGAACUGUACCAGAAGUGGUUGCAUGUGGAGCAUAAAUCACAGGAGGUGUGUAGAUAGCAAUGCAUACACUCCUUCAUUCCCUUAUGGCCAGUGUAUGGCUUGGACUCAGGCUGAUUCUACGUGUCCACAGAUUCUGCCUGGUGUCAAAGCACUUGCUCAGCACACAAAACAUGUGAAACUUGUCAGGAAUGGCCAGAAUGUGGUUGGUGUGAUGAUGGUUCCAACACUGGCCUUGGUAGAUGCCUUGAGGGAAGUCUUUCUCGAUCAUCUGGACCUGAAAACUGUCAUCGAGGACUAUGAAUGUCAGUGUAAUGGUCACAGUGUCUGUGUAAAUGACACUGUCUGCAGACAACCAUGUGAUGACAGCACUGAAGGACUUCACUGUGACAAAUGCACAUCAGGAUAUUAUGGAAAUCCACUCAAUGGAGGCAAUUGCACAGCCUGUGACUGCAAUGGCCAUGGCAUUGCAUGCAACUCAGAAACUGGAGAUUGCCUUUGUACCACUAAAGGUAUUGUUGGGAAGCACUGUGAAUUCUGCGACACUGAGGGGAAGUAUCGAGGAGAUCCUCUGAGUGGCACGUGCUUCUAUGAGCUCCAAGUGGAUUUCCAGUUUACAUUCAAUCUUUCCAAAGAAGAUGAUAAGCACAUAGAUAGCAUCAACUUUAUGGUGACGCCUCAUAAGCAAGACAUAGAUGCUGAUUUCAUCAUCACUUGCUCAUCAAAUGCAAGCAUGAAUUUAACCUUCAUCCGUAACUUUGGAUACUCGUUCAUUACAAUAAAAUGGCCACCCAAGAAUUUUGGAACCCUGUGCUCAAUUUUACUUCCAGAUGAUAUGAAAGAUGAAGUAGUGAUUGAAUCAAUGCUGACAUGCCCAGAGAAGGGUUCUUACAAGAGAGUGUUCAUCUCAGCUGAUUAUGGCUUUGGGGAUGCCAUCCUGAAUUCCACAAUCAGGGUCUAUAUGUAUGACCUGAAACCUCCCCUGUGGAUCCAGGUUGCUUUUUCUCAACAGCCAAAGCUAAACCUUCUGCAAUUCUUCAUCACCUUCUCUUCGUGCUUUCUUUCUUUGCUUGGCCUUGCUGGGAUAUUAUGGAAGAUUAAGCAGAAGUAUGAUCUAUACCAGCGAAGGCAGAGGUUAUUUGUAGAAAUGGAAGCCAUGGCCAGUCGUCCCUUCGCUCAAGUGGUUGUAGAAAUAGUCCGUCCAGUUGAUGAUUACCUUCUCAACUCCUCUGCUCAUCUCUUUGAAACAAGCAAGUCCAAAAAGUCAUAUGCCAGCCCAAUUGCCUUGGAACCAUGCGAAGGUGGAAAAGCUGCAAUUCUUACCCUCCUUAUCCAAUUACCAACUGGUGAUGAAUCCUACACUCCUCCCAAUGCAUCUGGUGUGGCUGUUGGUUCUGCAUUGGUGGCUUUGGGAAACCCUCGGAAAACAAGUGGAGAGAGUUUCUACAACAAAGUCCCUCCAGAUGGCUCUGGAGGGAAAGCAAAGUCACGCAAGGGUGCCCUUUCAUCCCCUUCAGAUUCUUAUGUAUGAAAGAGACAAUAGGAAAAAUCGGUUCUUAUUUAUGUAACCAUGACCAGUGAAUUGAGAAAAUUCUUGUGAUCCUUUGUGGUGCUGGCACCUAUUACAUGUAGCAAGUCGAGGGCUGAUAGUCCCUUACCC